AUGAAGCUGACAAGGUUCCUCAUGAGAUUAACAAAUGAAGUCUUGACGAUUGAGUUGAAAGAUGGGUCGAUAGUUACCGGUACUGUCGUUGGAGUUGAUAACUACAUGAACAUUCAUCUGAAAGUCGUGCAACUCACACCAAAAGGAAAAAACCCUAUUACACUGGACCAAUCGACCAUAAGAGGAAAUAACAUUAGAAAUAUUAUAUUGCCAGAAACGCUUAAUUUGGAUACUUACUUAAUCGAUGACACACCACGAAUGAAAGUCAAAGCUGUCGUUAAAUCUCAAAUUAAAAGAAAAGCUGCUGCAACGAAGCCAAAAGCUCCUCAAAAGUGA